UUAAAAAGAUCAGUUUUAUAGACAUUUUAUUCAGUGCAACUUAUGAUAGCAUAAAGGAAAAUAUUGUGUAACUGUUUGUCAGAAGCUUUUUCAAGUGCGGUGAUAAUUAUCUGUUUUCUUUAACUUUAUAUCAAUAUAUUUGGCAAAAGAGGUAAUCGCAAAUAAUAAUAUGUGCUGUUCUUAAACAAACAAUUAGCUUGAACGUUAGUGUAAGGCCAGAAUACAGCUUAGUUACACGUAUCACUGUUCGAGUGAGUGUACUUUAAGCUAUUUGCUGCCAAAAGGAAUUCAAGACAUACUUACAACUUCUACGUCAUUAAGUCUUCAUCGACUGCGGUAACAAUGAAUAAUUCUUACUGACUGAAAAGUGUUUCAAAUUGAUUACAUUGGACCUGUGGCUGGAAUGUGCAAACCGUCUAGAAUGUGAAUAGAAUAACUGUACAUUGUUAUACGGAAUGUAGAUGUUUAUUAGUGGGGUACAAAUCUCAUUAGUCGCUCUAGUGUUAAUUAAGAUGUCUACGGCGUAUUCGUCUACUCAUAUAGGUUAAAUAGAUGUAUUCAUCGUCUGUUACAUUUUAGUUGAGAAAUAAAAAUGCAGAGUCUUUUGGCGCGCUUAACGGCGUCCGCAGAUCAUAAUUCAAAUGGGAAAGGAGCAGCGGGGACGAAUGAUAACAGUAUUAAACGCGGCCCAUCAUCAAUUAAAGGUGUCGUAAAUCACGCUGAUAUCAAAAACAAAAAUUGUCGUAAACAAAACAUGCCGAAACUGAAUUUGGAUGUAUCAAAGGCUUUAACUGAAACGAUCGGAAUUUCUCCAGAAUCCUCCAGUACACCAGAUACUGACGAUGCGUUGGAAAUUGAGAUAGUAAUGGCAACUAACAAAGCUCCGCCUGCUAUGGUUGGUCAGCAAAGCAGCUCUUCCAGCCCAGGGCAGCUGUGGGAAGGUUCGCGAAAUAAGGGCUCCAGGUUACCUCUGAACAGUAUCGCAACGGAAAAGGAUGGUGUUGACAACACGGGGUUGGAUUCCGAGGACGAUAAUGACACCCAGAGGACUCAAAUGUAUACACCGCAACAAGCCUGGUCGGCUUUUGAAAACUGUGUUAAGAACAUAGAUAACAGUAAUCCGGAGUACUUUAUAAAGAAGCCGAAACCGAACUAUGUAUCAAGCGCAACUUUCCAACAGGUCAUGGUGGAUAUGUAUGGUAACAGCGAAUAUGGAAACACGAAAGAAUAUACAGUGUUAAAACAAAAAAUGAACAAUAUGACUAGAGCAACAGGUCUAGUUUCAAGGAUGAUAUUUAGUGCUAUAAAUAAGGGACAGGAGGAGAGGGAGGAGGAGGAGGCCCGGAUUGCUAAUGGAGAUCCAGGUGAGGAUGAACCGGAUAUGUCGUCACACGGGGAACAAAAGAGUGUCAUAAAAGUGUUCGAUAAGGGAGGAUGGAAAAUGUUGAAGCGUGAUGUAAAUGAGAAUACAUUGGAGCACCAUACACAGUCUACGAAAAUGAACUGGACAAUGUUGCAACAUACUGUGAAACAAAUGACUAACACAGAGAAAACGCGUCAAGACUUAUAUGAGCGUUACGGUAUAGUGCCGACGAAGUUGGAUGAUGGAACUUUUGUCUCUGAAAACCGUAUGUUAAGUGAGCGCGCACGCUCACAGAUGUACGGACGGACGGUAGACGGACGAGAGUACAUGCGGCCCUCGAGCUACCAGCAUCAUGAUGUCGGAUUACGGUCAAAAUCACAAUUGAGUAGUCAUAGUACCCCUAGCCCAAAGAAACCUCGAGGCAAUUCGAAAAGUGGUAAAAGUCCUGACAUCAUUCAAAGACGACAGCGACCAGUAACCGCUGUUAAAUAAUGUUAAGUGGUUUUAGGUAAUGACGAUGUUUACCUUUUAAAAAAAAACAGUUACACAAAGAGGGACAUUGUCCGGCUUGUUUCACUGUUGCCACGACAUUAUUUCUGACUUUCCUCAAUGGCGUAUAUUUCGGUUCGAGCAUGAACAUAGCAUACACUUGUCAACAUUUGCGCUCUUUAUGUUACUAUGAAAUAAUGGCCUUCGCGUUUGGUUAGUGGUCACAUAGCCGGACAAGUGGUUUUCUCUGGGUUCUCCGGUCUCCCCUACAGCACAAGACCGCACUCUCGCGCAGCAUUGUACAAACGAGAGCUACUUAUCAUAAGUUAAUAACUUCCUUCAAAAUCGUGGUAAAAAGAGUUUUAACUAUACUGUCAUUUUCUGCCUAAAAUAUAUUUAAAAAAUUAUUCACCAUUCUUUGUGAGAUUAUAUUAGAACAUUUGUUUGUAUAUUUAUGUAUGAGUAUUGAACAUAAUAUAUGGAGAUUUGAAUUGAAGACAACACUAUCAACACCAAACAUGUACAUUUGUACUCGAACAUUUAUAAAUCAUUUAUUGCUCAUAUAAUAUUUGCAUAAAUGUAGCAAGCAAGCGCUUCUGUACAUAGCAUAUAUACAACUAAAGUUUCAAAUGAAACAUUAAUUUGUAUUGAUCAUUUUAAACAAACAAGUCUUGAUAUUUAACUCACUUUUAUUUCCGCCACUCGUGGUGAUAUUCAUAUUUAUACAAAUAGUAAUAAAUAAUGACAAUACUGUACAAAACAAGCAGAUUAGCUUUUCACGUUGGCAAUAAAUACAAUUUUUACAUUGCAAAAGACAUUAUUUCUCUUACAUGUUUUAAAACAUAGCUGUCAACAGAAACUUAAACAUAUACGAUCGCCUCAGGAACUGCUUGCGAGUCAGCUGCUAAAUGAAAACAUUAAAUUGUAUUGAUCACUUUAAACAAACAAGUCUUUAUAUUUAUGGCAAGCGCCAAGUUAAAAUAAACAUAGAACGUAUCAUAAUGCUAUAUUAACUAGGACUAUAUGUACUUUUUGUUUGAAUCGCUCACUUGAUCAAUUUUUUUAAUCAAUAUGUUAUAUUGCAGUCAGUAUAAGAUUCAUUUCGAAAUAAGGAAAAACUUUUCUUAGUAAAUGAAUUGUUCCAGUCGUAUUUCAUGCCCUUGUAUAAUAUUUGCUAGUAUUUCAAUAUAUAUCUAUGUUACUUUGUGCAAUG